GUCACGGCGCCCAGAGCGAGGCUGGGGUAGAGAGGCCGACUGAGCUGGAGUCGUCCGCUUGUCGUGGGGGCUGCUAGGGAGCCGGCGAGAGGGUGAGCGGGCGAGCAGGCGAGUGAGCUAGCGCAGGCAGGAGGGAGAGUCGCGCGGCGCAGAGGAGCGCCGGGGCCGGGCAGCGGAGACUCACAGCCAAAGAGGGGCAGCCCGAGCCGGGCGCCGCGGGGUCCCCACCCCCACUCGGCCGGACGGUGCCCGGUGUUCCCCCGUGCGGGGGGCGGCGGCGGCGGCUGACGGGACCGGUCAGGACCGCGGGGGUGUUGCCACCUCCACCGAGGAGCCGGCGCGGCCGCGGGCUCCUCAGAGCCGGGGCCCGGGGCCCGUGACAGACGGGCCGAGGAAGGGAGAGAGGCGGCGGCGGCGCAGGCGACGGGGAGGCAGCGGCGACACCAUGUCAUCCCCUAGUCCGGGAAAGAGGCGGAUGGACACGGACGUGGUCAAGCUCAUCGAGAGUAAGCAUGAGGUUACGAUCCUAGGAGGACUCAAUGAAUUUGUAGUGAAGUUUUAUGGACCACAAGGAACACCAUAUGAAGGUGGAGUAUGGAAAGUUAGAGUGGAUCUUCCUGAUAAAUACCCUUUCAAAUCUCCAUCUAUAGGAUUCAUGAAUAAAAUUUUCCAUCCCAACAUUGAUGAAGCGUCAGGAACUGUGUGUCUAGAUGUAAUUAAUCAAACUUGGACAGCUCUGUAUGAUCUUACCAAUAUAUUUGAGUCCUUCCUGCCCCAGUUGUUGGCCUAUCCCAACCCCAUAGAUCCUCUCAAUGGUGACGCUGCAGCUAUGUACCUCCAUCGACCAGAAGAAUACAAGCAGAAAAUUAAAGAGUACAUCCAGAAAUAUGCAACAGAGGAGGCACUGAAAGAACAGGAAGAGGGCACCGGAGACAGCUCAUCGGAGAGUUCUAUGUCUGACUUUUCGGAAGAUGAGGCCCAGGAUAUGGAGUUGUAGUAAAAAAAGCACCUGCUUUUCAGAAAGACUAUUAUUUCCUAACCAUGAGAAGCAGACUAUAAUAUUCAUAUUUAAACAAAGCAAUUUUUUUUAUUACUAAACAAGGUUUUUAUGAAUAAUAGCAUUGAUAUAUAUAUAUUAUAUAUCACCCUUUAGAUCUUGAUUUCUUGGUCAUUUCUCAACCUGAGGUGCAUAGCAUAUUCCCACAUUCCAUUUUGGUAGCAAUAUGCAGUCCGAAUGCAUGCAUUCAUAAGUCCAUUUAGCCAAGUCAGCCUGUGUGCUACUGAACUGUCAAAAGAAACAGCCGCUCUGAUAGAUAGACAUGAGUAAAAAUAACAGGAAAAAGUUGCUUCUUUUAUUGACGGUUCCAAAGAAACAAACCAAACCAACCAGCUCUUGGAUCUGAAGAUAGAAUAGUACUUUUUCAAACUGGAAAGGAAGAAAUUGGGGAGGAAAAGCCCUGCUUGGGAGCAUUUAGAGCCAGCCAUGUCAGAAUCAGAGCUGCUUCUUCCUGUGCAUCCUAGGUGGCCCCAUUUCUGUGGAGUAACAGUAUAAAACAGGGAGCUAAUAAUUUUUUUGACUUGGAUUUUAAGUACAUUUUUAUAUGUAGAUUCCUGCCCUUCUCGCUACCAGGCCCUGCAGCCACAAGUGUUUUGCUUUGGAGAACCUUUUGGAAAUGUUUUCUGAAUCUGAUUCUUUUUCUUGGGGGUAGAAUUUGUAAUCCAGACCUGUUUUUUGAGAGGACAGGACAGGAAGAGAAAAGUGACUGGGAAGAUGUUUCCUCUCAUCCAACACGUGCAGAGUCACAUCCUCAUCCUAUUGUUGGCCACUGUGAGACUGCUACCCUGGACUCAGAGCUUUAUAUUGAGGAUGGUUGUGGGGUUUGGUUUUUUUUUUUUUUCUUUUUGGUGUGUGUGCAUUGUGCUUAGGUUGCAAAUUUAAUCUUCACCUACCAAGAGAUGGCCUCCUCCUUGGACAGCCACUCAGUGGACCAUUAGACUUGGGAAGAAGACCCUUCUGGUGGCUGUGACUCCUGGGUACUCUCAUUCAGGUUUUGAUUUUGUUUUCCCUUCUGCUGCUGCUCUUGGCAGCAGCCUGAUCAUCGUCUGCUCGUGGGAGUGGGAAAUAGGUAUUUUAGACCCAACUCACAUUCUAAAUUUAAAAUGAGUAAUAAUUGGAACAAAUAAAGGUUCUUGUACCCAAAGUGACUCUACAUGGGAAAAACGAACAGCUUUUUUUUUUUU